AUGGCAGAGCUGGUGCCGCAGGUUGUCGGCGCCGUGAGCCGCAGCAUCGCGGACCGCCUGCUCGCCGACAUUGACCUCGCCAGCAGCGCCGGCACGAACGUCGAGGACGUGACGGACGCGAUCACACGGCUGACGUCGAUACGGACCGACCUCGAGGCCUCCAUGAGGCGCCUGCCGCAGCGGCGGCGGCCCGAGGAGGUCAGGGACUGGCUGUCGCGGGUGGACGGCGCCGAGAAGCGGGUGGCCAAGCUCCGGCGGGACUACCAACGCCGGUGCUGCUCCUGCGGCUGCGGCGGCGGCGGCGGGGCCUUCUCCCUCAACGUGUUCGCGAGCUACGCCAUCAGCCGGCGCGCCUGCCACGAGCGCCACCGCCUCGCCGCGCUGGCGGGGGAGUGCGACAGGGUGAGGAGCCUCGUCGCCGGGGCGCCCCGGCCGUCGUCCGGCGGCGCGAAGGCCGUGCCCUCCACGGUGGUCGGCAUGGAGGGGUACCUCGAGGAGGCCCUGGCGUGCCUCGACGGCCGCGACGCCGGCGUCGUGGCCAUCUGCGGCAUGGCUGGCGUCGGCAAGAGCACGCUGCUCCGCCGCAUCAACAACGUGUUCGUCCAGGACCCCGACAGGAGGGACGAGUUCGACUACGUCAUAUGGCUCGACGCGCCGAGGGACUGCGCCAUUGGCAAGCUGCAGGACGCCAUGGCUGACCGGCUUGGCCUGUCCGCGCUGCCGGACGGCGGCGUGCUCGACCACCGUGCGCGUCCAAUCUUCGAAAUCCUGAGAGACGCCAGCUUCUUGCUGCUGCUCGACGGCCUAACGAAGCCUGUCUACCUGGCGGACAUCGGAGUCCCGCACCUCGUGCACGACGAUCGCCGGAGGCAGAAGGUCGCCAUGACAGCCAGGACGAAGGGAGUCUGCGGCAGGAUGAGCUCGUCGCAAAGGAUUGACAUGCAAUGCCUGGACAGUCACCAUUCGUGGACUCUGUUCAGAGCUGUCGCCCGGGACGAGACGAUCAACGCCGACCCAAGGAUACCGGAGUUGGCGAAGGAGGUUGCCGGGAGGUGCGGCGGCUUGCCGCUUGCACUCACCGCCGUCGGCGGCGCCAUGAGGUGCAGGAAGCACCCACAGGAGUGGGUGAGCACGGUGAGCGCUCUCAGGAACCUGGAGCUCGACAAGAUCCCCGGGAUGGACACCGGCGAGAAGCCGGCAGCCAUGCUGCGGGUGCUGCAAGAGAGCUACGAAGAUCUGCGUCAUCCCGUGCUCCAGGAAUGCUCCAUCGCCACGUCCCUGUGGCCCGAGGACCACGCCAUUGACAAGAACGAGCUCGUCGAGUGCUGGAUCGGCCUCGGGUUGGUGGGCGAGUCGCUGCCGAUGGACGAGGCGGUGCGCACGGGUCUCGCCGUCGUCAACGAGCUCGAGGAGGCCAACCUGCUGCUGCCCGGCGACGCCGCCGGCGAAGUGAAGCUGCACGGUGUAACGAGAGCCGUGGCGCUGUGGAUCGCUCGCGACCUCGGCAGGGCGCCGAACAGAUGGGUAGUGCACACCGGCGGCGUCUCCCUCCGGUCGAGGCAGAAGCUCGCGGAGUUCUUCGAGCGCGCGCGCGGCGCGGAGCGGGUGUCCGCCAUGCGCAGCUCGGUCGAGCUCCUGCGGCCAAUGCCACCGUCGUCCCCGUGCCGGAGCCUCUCCGUCCUCAUGCUGCAGCACAACGCGGCGCUCCGCGACAUCCCCGGCGGCUUCCUGCUCGGCGUGCCGGCGCUCACGUACCUCGACGCCUCCUUCACCGCCGUCCGCGAGGUGCCCCCGGAGAUCGACGCGCUGUCCUCGCUGCGUUACCUCAACCUGUCGUCAACGCCGCUCGAGUCCGUGCCGCCGGAGCUGGGGAAGCUGGGGCAGCUCAGGCAACUUCUGCUCCGGCACACGGCGCACCUCUCGAUGAUCCCCGCCGGCGUGCUGCGUGGGUUGCCGAGCCUGGACGUGCUCGACGUGUGCCCGAGCCGGUACACCGAGUGGUGCGGCGCGGGAGGAGGAGCAAGCCUGGACGAGGUGAGGUCGAGCUCGGCGUUCCUCCGGUCUCUCGGGAUCGCCGUCGCCACUCUCGCCGGUCUACGCACGCUGCGCGGCCUGGACAACGUGCGCACGCGGCGGCUGCUCGUGACGCGGGUGGCGGCGACGGCGCCGUCCGUCACGCUGCGCCCCUCCGCGCUGAGCUUGCUCGAGACCCUGCACGAGCUCACCGUCGCCAACUGCUCCGGCCUGCAGGAGCUGGAGAUCGCCGGCGACGACGAUGGAACGCGUAGGAGCACAUGGUGGCGCCUCCCGGAGCUCAGGAAGCUCGAGAUCGACGAGCUCCACGAGCUGAGGACCGUACGGUGGACGCGGACGGACGUCGGAGCGUUCUUGCCGGCGCUCCGGUGGGUGAAGAUAUCGCGUUGCAACAUGCUGAGGAGCGUGAGCUGGGUGGUGCAGCUGCCAUGCCUGGAGCACCUCGAGCUGAGCCAUUGCUCGGAGAUGGUUCACGUCGUAGACGACGCUGAGGAGGAGGAGCGGCAGAAGGGGGAGCUCCCGGAGGCGCGCACGUUCCGCUGCCUGAGGAUGCUGCUGCUGGUGGAGCUUCCGGUGAUGAGCAGUAUUAGCGGCGGCGCGGCGACGAGCUUCCCUCGGCUGGAGACCCUGCAGAUUGCCGGCUGCAACAGCCUCGGAGAGCUGCCUGUUGAGCUGCACAAAAAACUGAAGAUUUGAGUUGAAAAUAUUUUCAUCCCUCGGAUAGAUAUCC